UCAUGUAUGGGUAAUACAUGAGCUGUGUGCAAGUCAAAUAUAAAUAAUGUUCGUUUGAAAAUAGGAUAUUGGACUCUGAUGGCGGGAAGUGAUAUUGUGAUAAAAUGCGGAAUUUGUUUAACUUAUUUUAAUGAACCUAAAAUUUUGCCAUGUUUUCAUACAUUUUGUUUAAAAUGUUUGGAAAGUUACUUUCAAACAACAGACCAUAGUGGACAAUUUCCAUGUCCGGUGUGUCGGACACCUAUUGUCAUCCCAGAUGGAGGAGUCAGGCGUUUCCAGACCAAUUUCUAUAUUCCAACGAGGUGUUCUUCUGAUUCUGAGUUUGAUUGUGAUGUUUGUGGUAAUAAUGAGUCAGCAAGGCUGAAAUGUAUACAAUGUGACCAGAAUUUUUGCGGAAAUUGCGCUGGAGUACACGUGCGCAUGCCCUCAUCACGAGAACACAAUUUAGUAUCAGUUUCACAUGGAGAAGAAGAACAACAUAUGCCACACGAUGCUAUAACGUACUGCGUAAAACAUCCAUCUGAAGAAAUCACAGUGAUAUGCAAAGACUGCAAUGACUUAGUAUGCCAAGUUUGUAGGACAACAGUACACAAGGACCAUUCAUGCAAUACUAUUUCUGCAGAAGCAGCUGAUAGGAGGGCCCAACUGAGAGAUCUCAUUGAUAUAUCUGACAACAAUCUGAAAGAAAUUGGAAAAGAUAUGCGUGUUGUUAAAAGACAAGCAGAGUCAAAAUAUACAUAUUUUAAUGAACAAGUAACUUAUUUAAGACAAAAAAGAGAUCUGCUUAUUUCAAGUAUUAAUGAAAAGUUCAGUUCAUUUGAAGAGAAAAUAAAACAAGUUAACAAUGAACAGCGGAUGUUGUCAAGCGGGAUGACUGAGAACCUGAAACUAACAAUAGAAAGCUUUGAGCAAAAUAUAGACAAUUCAAAAGAGAUGGCUGAGGCAGGUAACGACGUAAACCUUCUAAGAAAUUUUAACAGCCUUGUUCAGAAGCUAGGUGAAAUAGAAGUGCCAGUACCCACUGCGGUACCUGGACAAAAACUGAUGGAAACCGUUGAAAAGUGCACAACUUGGCUUAUAAAACUGAACGAAAAAACCGGUGACGAGUAGCAAAUAUUCUGAAUAAUACAUACAUUAACUUUCUGUGUUCCUGUCUAUGUCAGAUCAACUCAAAUAAAUUGAACUGCUCAAAGAAAGACAAAAUGUACAAAAGUGUUAUAGGAUACAACAGUUAUUACCCAAUACGUAAGCCUGUAUGGGGCUCAUAUGGACUGUAUCUGGGCAAAUGUACCAUAUGGGUCCAAUAUCGGACUCAUAUUGUAAGUAUCUGCCUACAUCGGACCAAUAGUGGACCCAUAUACAAUGUCUCAGCGAUGUGAUAUACCAAUGUAUUGAUUUAAGCUUAUAAGUGCAGCUACAAUUUUCAACAAGUUCCUUCCGUCUGACCGGUUUAACUAUAUGACCAACAAAUGAAUAUUUUUAUAUAGAUACUGUUGUUAUUUGUGUAAAUAUGACUACUAUCACACUAUCAUUUUAACCUGCUAUAACAUUAAAUAUUCGGAGUCUUAAUACAGUAUAUUAUACUAACUAGUACGCGUACAUAUGCGAAUAAAUUGCAAAUGUAUGUUUAAAUUUUGAAUUUGUCAGCAGAUACCUAUAUAAUGUUUCAUGUGUGUAUUAAUUUGACUUUACGUGUGUCAUUUAGUUUGCAUUCAAUGUAUGUUACGAGGCCAUAAAGAACGUACACUCUGGUAGAGAUAAGAUCAUUCUUACACAGUAUUCGUGCUAUUUUAGGCAAACUCAUUGUUCUCAAUAAAACAUACCUAGACAUGCUAAAUGAAACUACAAUAUUCAGGAGUUUUAAAAGAUUUGCGGGUCCGUAAUAGUUACGGUCUGUUCAGAUGCAUAAUUUCAUCAAACUUUUGAACUGGUACUUAGAUUUACUUGCCUUGUCACAAUACACUUUUACUGUGAAAGAGGUAAACUAUAAAUAUGUAAUCAAUUCUCAACUUUGACAGUAUAUUCUUUUUAUGAAAGAAGCAAUUUCGAUGUAAAUAAGAUGUGAAACCAAACGUUUUAGUCCUGCUUAGCGCCAUGUAUCCUGUACGGUGUGUUGGUGUGCCGUAAAACCAAAAUCAAAUACAAUGUAUAUCUUGCAGUUGUAUUAUGAAACAGAAAGUCAGCAAUAAACCACGAAC